AUGCAGGUAAACAUGAAAUAAACGAAAGAUGAAAUUUUAUAGGAUUCAACCAAUGAUAAUUCCCAUACUCUAAUCAAUAUUAUUUGUAAUUAACUCAAAAAAAUAUGCACUCUAACUUGUUAAAUAGCAUAUCCAAAGAUAUAAGUCAAAAAAAUUAAAAAGAAUCAAAAAGACUAUAAGAAAAAGAAACAUGGUAAGACAAAAACAUCAAAAUUAGAAGUAAAUGUAAAUAAAAAUUAAUUUUUUUGUCAGACCUGUUCAGAUCUCAAAAUUUUAGAAUAUCUCUCUUAAUUGACUGCUAUUGAAAAUUUACAACAUCAAUUAGAAAAAGUUAAAGAGUUGAUUUAUCUUUUUGAUUGA